AUGAGGCGCGUCCUGCCAGCUUCGCUGACAACCCCUGGGAAGUUGCGCCCCGGAUCCCAGAGCGCUUCGCGCAGGCACACAGCCCCGCAGUCUUUGCGCACCGCGCCGCACGCGUGCACCUCGCCCGCGGCCCCCUCGCUCCCGCGAAGUCCCCGCCCCCGGCAGAGGGAGGGCUGGCCCCGCCCAACCCCACCUGACCCCGCCCCGCAGGAUCGGGAGCGGAAGAAGACGCUGCGAGUGCACGAGAAAAUGACCUACUCGUCCAAAAUGUCGGCCAAGCGCACCGGCUUGUGGCGCCAGCUGCAGCUGGAGGACGAGACGGAGGACCAGGAGGCGCGUGCCGAGCAGCUGCGCACCUUCCACGACCACACGGCCUGGAAGCUCUCCAUGACCCAAGAAAGGAAGACGGAGCCUGAAAACAUAAACAGCUACAUAAACCAGAAGCGACAAAUGUUCCUCAUCCAGUAUGCCCUGGAUGUGAAGCGGAAUGAGAUCCAGCGGCUGGAGAGGCUGGCGACCAGGGAGGAGGCCGCGCUGGAACGGGCAGAGAGGCUCCUGGAGAAGGACGCUGCUCUGUUCGAUGAGUUCCUCAGGGAGAACGACCGCGGCUCUGUGCAGGCCCUGAGGCUGGCAGAGAAGGAGUCCAAAGCAAAAACGGAGAAGAUUGUCCAGGUCCGCGACCUGACCACCCAGAUUAUGAACAUCAAAAGUGAGAUCUCCAAAUCUGAAGACACUCUGCAGCGUUACAAGGUCUACAAGGAUUUCCUGUACAAGCUGUCACCCAAGGAGUGGCUGGAAGAGCAGGAGAGGAAGCGCUCGGCUCUCAAAAAGGCCAAGGAGGUGGUCACGGCCUUCAAGGAGAACUUGCUAUUCUCCAAGCUCAGGGACAAAGAGUCCCAGCCUGGUCAUGGCCACCCUGUGCCACCCGGGCUCAGCCCCUACACUCACUCCCAGGAGAGGGGGUUGGCUCUCAAAGCAAACCUUCAUCCUGCAGCUGAAGGGAGACAGUGGGGAGUCUCGGAACCCUGUGCCCCUGAGCCAUCUGAGACCCCUCUCUUGCUUUCCGUAGGACUAGGGGUCAAGGGCAAGAUGGACUCCAGAGAGGGGCAAGUCCCAAAGAAGCCCCCCAGGCUUCUGCAGGUGGUGCGGCUGAGGCAGGUCCUGUCCAAUACCGUCAACCUCCAGCAGGGCAACCAGCCCAGCGUGUCUGGCAGCCUGGACCCCAAAAGGUCCAGCUCUGCCCUCCCUGUGCAGGAGGACCCAGACAGCGAUGGGGAGGAGCUGGAGCUAUACUUCACGGAGCCCCAGCAACUCCUGGAUGUCUUCAUGAAGCUGGAGGAGCAGAACCUCUCAUUGGUCCAGAACACCCAGGAGAUGGAGGAGACAUUGGAGGAACUGAACUUCACCCUGAAAAACACUCAGACUCGCAUGGACAGGGAGGUCAACCAGCUGAGGCAGUGGAUCACCACCCUGAUGAUGGCCAUCGCCAAGGAGGAGGAGACAGCUGCCGAGCUGGAGCUCAAAGCCCGUGUCUUCCACUUUGGCGAGUACAAAGGCGAUCAGGAGGACAAGCUGCUGGAGAGUCUGAACCACAAGGUGCUGGACGUGUACCGGCACUGUGUCGACAGCCAGCAGGAGUCCAGGCUGGGCACCGUGCAGAUGCUGGCCACCAUUGAGCACCAGCUGGAUGAGCUGCUCGAGAGCCUGGAGCGAGUGCCCCAGGUCAGGAUCGAGCAGGCAGAGAAGGCCAAGGAGAAGGAGCGGCGUGUGAGGCUCCGGGAAGAGAAGGUCAAGUUGCAGAAGCAGCUGCAGGAGGAGCGUCUGCAGCGGGCACAGGCCCGGGCCCAGGCCGAGGUCAAGAAGAAGGCGCCACCCCUGCCUCACACACACUCGUGCAGGGCUGGCACCCAGGAGCAGGCUCUACGGGCCUGACAGACACAUGCCCCAGCACUGCACCGCAGCUCUGGCCCCAGCCCCGGCCUGAGCAGGAGUGACCAGAGAGGCUGGGGUGGUUCAUGGGGCCCCACAGCACCAGUCCCGGCUUCCCAGCACGCUCGGGGCAGGGUGUCCAGGGCAGAGCGCAGGCUCACUGGGCUUGCCUUUGGCAGAGAGGCAGGAGACUGGUGAGCCGCUCCCGGCCACCCGCCCUGAGAUGCGCGGAGAAGUCUGAGCACGGGCUGAUGGACAAGGAGGAGGAGGAGCAGCUGUAUUUCUUCACUUAGCCUGUGGCUGCCGGCCCAGCUGCCUGGAAGGGCAGACCGUGGGGAUGCAGAGAUGGGCCCGGGUCGGGCUGUCGCUUCGCCCCCACCCAUCGUACUGCUUGUGCCUUCACUCGUGAAAUAAACUCCCUGUCUCCCCGCUGCCAUGAAGCCUGUCUAGGGAGGAGCCCAGUCUCUGUGUGUCAGCCUUCCAUGGGUCAUUUGGGCCCAGCAGACGCCGAGGGGCAGGCCACCGUGGGCCUUCCCGCAAACAGCUGCUGAGACGAAAGCCAGCUGGGCACAGAUCACAUUUCUACCCCAGGUGAGGUCGGAAGCUGCCCCACUUCCAGCCAGGCCCCAGUUCCAUCUUCUCGGGAGGAUGUCUGAGUAGCUCAGAGAGGGUGAGUGAGAAUUCUAAGUCAAACGGAGCAGAACGCGUGUCCGCGGAGUAUUUACUGCAGACCGUGAGUGUGCCCGAGUGAACGUGUUAGCGAACGUUCUUCUGAAGAGUGGGAGUCGGAUUGUUCAGAAAGAGUGUCUAUGAGAGGCUGGUCCUUUGCACACAUCGUCUGUCAGCAGUGGUGGUCACAUGCACACAGGAGGCACAGCUGAACGGUGUUGAGUGAGUGGUGGGGUGUGGAGGCUGGGUGGCAGAGUGGAGGUGGGAAGAGUGGUUGUUGAAGAACCCACAGUGCGUGCACAGAGUCCGAGACUCCACCUGGCCUGGUGUCCUCACUGGGUGAGAAUGGCUGGGGAACAGGAGGACACCAGGUGGGGCUGGACCUCAGCGGAUCUGAGGGACAGCCCUGUCCCUGUGUCUUUCUCCCAGGAAGGGACACCCAGAACUCCGAGAGGAGAACCGUUAGGGGAGAGGUCCCUGGGUGGCACAUAGGCCUGCUUGCGUAAUGUUGUUUUAGGGUCCAUUGUGUUAAUGUGUGCUCUUACUGAGAAAUCACCAUUUCCUCUGGGUUUCCAGUUUGAUGCAGUAUGUUUCUCUUAUUCUACAGUAUUGUCACAUUAAAAAAAAACAACACUUUCAUUGAUGUGUAGUUGACUUACAAUGUUAGUUUCAGGUGUCCAGCAAAGUGAUUCAGUUCUUUGUAUACA